CACCAAACAGUUCACCAACAUCCUUACUUCCUCCCUCCCUUAAAACUAAUACUCCCAAAUUAAAACUCCCAACUUUGCCCCAUCCAAACCCCAUUUCUCCCUUACCUUCGCCACACAACACGACACGUGGCUCGUGGCAGAUUCGUAAAUUCCUCCUCCCCACCACCCCAAACCCGUCUUUCCACCCCCACACCAAGUAGGCACCCCGGGAAUUCAAUUCCACGCGCGCUGAGCUGGACGUGGGACUCACAACAAUUAAAAGUUCGUUGGGGUAGUUGCAUCCUCCCUCUCCCCCUCUCCAUUUCCCUCCCGCCUUUAAAUUCCCCCCUUUCUCCCAAAGCCUUUCUCCAUUUCCAACCAUCUCUCCCUCAACCCAAAAAAAACCCUCUACGAUUCAAGCUCAUCAAAACAUGGCGGCGGAGAGACCACCACACCCGGUGACAAUCCUCGACCCUCCGCCGCCACCGCCGCCGCCGCAACAACAACCAAAACUCCCAAACUUCCUCCUCUCCGUCCGCCUCAAGUACGUGAAACUCGGCUACCACUACCUCAUCUCCAACGCCAUGUACCUCCUCCUCGUCCCCGUCCUCGCCGUCUCCUCGGCCCACCUCUCCACCCUCUCGGCCCAAGACCUCCUCCGCCUCUGGGCCCAGCUCCGCUUCCACACCGUCUCCGUCGCCCUCUGCUCGGGCCUCCUCAUCUUCCUCGCCACCCUCUACUUCACGAGCCGGCCCAGGAAGACCUACCUCGUGGACUUCGCCUGCUACAAGCCCGGCCCAGAGCGCGAGUGCACGCGCGAGAUCUUCUACGACCGCUCCAUCCUCGCGGGCAAGUUCACGGACGACAACGUGGCGUUCCAGAAGAAGAUCCUCGAGCGGUCAGGGCUCGGGCAGAAGACGUACCUGCCCGAGGCCGUCAUGGCGGUCCCGCCGAAUCCCAACAUGGACAUGGCCAGAAAAGAGGCAGAGGCCGUGAUGUUCACCGCCAUCGACGAGCUCUUGGACAAGACUGGGGUCAAACCCAAGGAUAUUGGGAUCUUGAUUGUCAACUGUAGCUUGUUCAAUCCGACGCCGUCUUUGUCCGCCAUGGUGGUGAAUCAUUACAAGCUGAGGGGGAAUGUGAUGAGUUAUAAUCUCGGCGGGAUGGGGUGUAGCGCCGGACUUAUCUCCAUCGAUCUCGCCAAGCAGUUAUUGCAGGUACAUCCGAACUCGUACGCCCUCGUGGUGAGCAUGGAAAACAUCACCUUAAACUGGUACUUCGGCAACGACCGCUCCAUGCUGGUCUCCAACUGCCUCUUCCGCAUGGGCGGCGCCGCCAUCCUCCUCUCCAACCGCUCCUCCGACCGCCGCCGCUCCAAGUACCAGCUCAUCCACACCGUCCGCACCCACAAGGGCGCCGACGACCGCUCCUACAGCUGCGUCUUCCAGAAGGAGGACGACACCGGCCGCGUCGGCGUCUCCCUCUCCAAGGACCUCAUGGCCGUCGCCGGUGAGGCCCUCAAGACCAACAUCACCACCCUCGGCCCGCUCGUCCUCCCCAUGUCCGAGCAGCUCCUCUUUUUCAUCACCCUCGUAGCCCGGAAGGUCUUUCAGGUGAAGAAGAUAAAACCGUAUAUCCCGGACUUCAAGCUGGCGUUCGAGCACUUCUGCAUCCACGCCGGCGGGAGGGCAGUGCUGGACGAGCUGGAGAAGAACCUGGAGCUGACGGACUGGCACAUGGAGCCGUCGAGGAUGACACUGCACCGGUUCGGGAACACGUCGAGCAGCUCGCUUUGGUACGAGCUGGCGUACAGCGAGGCGAAGGGGAGGAUCCGGCGAGGGGACCGGACGUGGCAGAUCGCGUUCGGGUCGGGUUUUAAGUGUAAUAGUGCGGUGUGGCGGGCGCUGCGGACGGUUGACCCAGCGAAGGAGAAGAACCCGUGGAUGGAUGAGAUUGGGGAGUAUCCUGUUCACGUGCCCAAGGUGUCUUCCGUUAUGAACAGGGAGAAAUAAGUAGUAAUUAAUGAUGUUUCGGUUCGAUUGAUAUUCAUUUUUCUACAUAAAUUUGUACGUGGGCGGGUGGGAAAACCCUGUUGUUGGAGCUGAAUGGAAGUGUUCAUGAUCAUGUAUGAUGAUAACUGGCAUCCAAGGAGAUAAAUUAGUACGAUUAAGUUCAUGACUAUAAUUGGAAUUCUGUGGUUGUAUCUAUAUCAUUCUCUCUCUUUUUUUUUUUAGAAAUGUAAGUGGGUGCAUGUUAAGUGUUCAGUGUUACAACCCUUACAGGUUUGAUCAGUUCUUUUUGUUCUCGUCACAAGAAUGAAAUUCCCAAUUGACU